AUGACCCAGCAACUUGGAAGGCUAACGGUUAGACUUAGAAUAGCUGUUAUUCAACUGAAUCCUCAAAUCGGUCAAGUCAGUGGGACGACAGCCAGAGUAAAUGCCCUUUUAUCUAGGAUAGAAAAGUACAAGCCUGAUAUCGUAGUGUUCCCAGAAUUCGCACUUUCAGGCUACAAUUUUCAUUGUCGUCAACAAAUCGGGCCAUACUUGAGUACGGUAGGUCAGGGUCCUGAGUGGGACUUGUGUCACCAAAUCUCACGUCAACUUUCGUGCGUCACAGUGAUGGGCUAUCCAGAGAAAAGUGAUGAUGGGUCCACGGGACAAAAAGUCUACAAUUCUGUGAUGGUGGUCAACUCGAAGGGAGAGCUGGCUUUCAACUAUCGCAAAUCGUUCCUGUAUCAAACCGAUGACGAAUGGGGGUGUAGCGAGAAUCCAGCAGGUUUUCAGACGUUUAGACUUCCUUUCGCGCAAAAAGCACGAGACUCAAGCGGAGGCUUGCAUGAUGUUAGUAUAAAAAGUGCAGUUGGUAUCUGCAUGGAUCUAAGUCCGUACAAAUUUGAAGCACCCUUUCAAGAUUUCGAAUUUUCGAGCUUCCAUCUCGAAAAUGCCACUGAGCUCAUCUUGUUUCCUAUGGCUUGGCUCAACUCCAUAUCUGUCACUGCCAACACAGAAAAUCCUAAGCGACGGGAAAAACAGAUCGCAGAAUCUUUGGAAGCCAUUCGCUUUCCGAUGAGUGGCUCACAAGGCGAGUUUCAAUGGGACGUGAGCUUGCUCGAUGGCACUCGUGUGGAGGAAAAACCGGGCCAUAAUUUCUUGGGGCCCAGUCAUGAAAACUCAGAUGAUACAGCAACAGAUACGUUUGCUAACCCAGGGCAACCUGAUAUGUCUAAUUUGAACUAUUGGAUUUUACGUUUCAUGCCCUUUCUCGCCUAUGGAGGACGGGGGAGCUGGUUCAUGGAAGGGCUUCUCGAUCCCAUCUUGAGCAAGCUUCGUGGUCUACGUUUCUCAUACAUGGGGGGAAGCUCGGAAAAGCCAUGGCUGUUUGAAAAUAGGAAUGCCGUGGCAGUUUUGUGUAACCGUUGUGGAGUUGAGGAUGGUUCUACUGUCUUUGCAGGCACUUCAAGCAUUUUGAAAUUCAACGGCCAGCACGGUGACACUGAAAAUAAUUUGGACACUUCCAACAGUAGUGUCGAGCUUGUUGGGAAUCUUUCUAAAGGCUACGAAGGUGUGCUGAUAAGAGACGUUGAGUUCGAGAUUGAUCGGUAA